AUGACGAUCAAAGGACCCAGGACACUGCAGAGCUGGCGGUUCUCGACGAACAUCAACUUCCGUUUUGAGUACACGGGCUAUGGGCUGACUUCCAGCGACACGCUGCGUAUCAUCUCCUCAGACGGGAGCUGCACAGACAACAACGGUGACCCCAAUUCCGCAGAUUUCUCUUAUACUGCUAUCAGGGUCAAGUGUCCGGAUCCGUGCUCCGACGUGACCCUCAACGACGGGGCGGAGCCUGGCGAUAUACCCACGAUGGUGCUCUCCUCCGACUCGUACAACUGCGACGAGCAGAACGAGGGUUGCAGCACCAACGACAUCGCGAACCUGACGGUGCGCGAGACCGAGACCGAGCUUGUUUUCGAGCAUGACCACGGCUUGUCGGUAGACGAGGAGAUCACUCUGGGGGCCAACAUCGACAUCGAAUGUGCCGACGAUGACAUCUCGUGCAUUGACGAGAAGGACGAGCAGAUUGCCACCCUCAAGGGAGUCUUUGACUACGCCGACCUCGCCACGCACACCUCCGACGCCCCAGACACGUACAUGGCAGCGCACAAGAUCACAUAUGCUUCGGGCAAUAUCCUCAGGUACGUCGAGGAGGUCGGACGGCUCACGAUCGUCGCGCCGACGACGAUGCUGGGGGCAACCCUGAGCCUCACGAGCACGCUCUACGGGCAGACGGCCCCCGUCGUCCUCACGUUCACCACCGCGACCGGCGUCACGGGCGUGCGGUACCAGGAAGCGGAGGGGAGUCUCCGGCUGAACUUCGUGAUCACGGACACCGAGAAGUUCGACAUGAAGUAUGCCGACGGAUCAGACAUGGAAGUGGAUUACGCCGAGGGCGACAAGGACCCCGGGGCCCUUGAUCUGAGGCCCCCCCUGGCCGACGGGCAGGUCAAGGCUUAG